ACAUUGGUUCUUACGGCGCAGUUUAGCCUAUCCCCUUUUUAUUUAUUAACCUACUCAUAACUCUUUAAUUAAGUGUAAAGUUGCACUACUCUUCCUUUUUCUGUUACUGCUUCUUUCUAAUUUACGCUACGGGUGCGUACGUUAUAAACCUUCACACUUACAACUCAUUUUUUCUCAAAAAAAAAUCAAAUGUUUCUUCAAAUUUUUCAGUUUGGUUCUCAUUUUCUCAAUAAAGGGUAAGUUUUAAUUUCAUUUUCUUGAAUUUUUUUUGUUGUUUUUCAGCUGCAUUUUUUGUUUUUGGUUUUGUUUUUUGUGAUGUUCAUAUUAUGUUUGAUUGGUGAAGAUAAUUUAAGUGAAAAAUAAAGGAUAAAAAUGGAUAUUUUUUUUUUUGUUCAUGGCAAAGAGUUUUUUUAUUUGCUGUAUUUUUUUAUAACCGUGGUGUUCGGGCCAACUUUCAUACCUAGUAACAGCAGAUACGAGGUAGGUGGAGUUCAUGAGAUUGUAAUCUAAUUCCAUAUUUGUACUGGGGCAUGAUGGGAGUUGAGACAGUGACGGAGUCAUUUUUUAAUUUAUGGAGAAGCUCGCGGAAGAGCUCUGCAUCAGAGCCCGAGAGGAAGAAUGCGAUUGGAAUUCUUUCAUUUGAAAUUGCAACGUUGAUGUCUAAGGUGGUUAACUUGUGGCAGUGUUUAAGUGAAAGGCGAAUUGACAAGUUAAGAGAAGAAAUCUUGAGUUCACUUGGCAUUCAGAAGCUUGUUGCUGAAGAUGACGAAUAUCUUAUGGAUCUUGCUGUUGCGGAGAUCAUCGACAAUUUGGGAUGUCUGACGAAAUCGUUGGCUACGCUUGGUAAGAGGUGUGCUGAUCCAGCUUAUCACAAUCUUGAACGAAUUUUUGAAGAUCCAGUCGAAAUUGAACUCAAUGGAUGUGCAUGGAGAUAUAGGCUUAAGAAAAUGGAGCGGAAAGUUAAGAAAAUGGAGAGAUUUGUUGCAGCCACGACUCAAUUGUAUCAGGAGCUUGAAGUGCUCACGGAGCUUGAGCAAACGUUGAGGCGGAUGCAGGCUGGUGCUAGUUCAGGUCAGAUGAAAUUGCUCGAAUUUAGGCAAAAGGUUAUAUGGCAACGCGAGGAAGUGAAGAAUCUGAGAGAAAUGUCUCCUUGGGUUAGAACAUAUGACUAUACUGUUCGUCUUUUGCUUCGAGCUAUUUUCACGAUAAUCAUGAGGAUCAAGUACCUAUUCGGCACAAAUCAGACGGAAGUUGCUGGAGGAAGCAACCAUUUUGAGGGCAUCGAUAAUGGCUAUCUUGAUCGUAGCCGGUCCAUCUCUGCUCUCACUCUGUCCUUGGUUUAUCCGUCUGAAAAUAACACGUCGGAAUCUUAUUUAGGUUCUCUAGGCAGGUCAUUUUCAAGCCUUGGGCUAAGUGGAAAUAAAGAUAGACCAACUAAUAGAAAAUCUCUUGCUCGGCAGUCAUCUGUCUUUUGCGGAAAGCCACCACAACCGAGAUCCAGACGGUUUGCUAAUGUUGGACCUUUUAAAGGAUGCAUAAACAGCGGUACCGAUUCACCUGUGCUCGAGAGUUGCAUGCCUUCCAGCAGCGACAUUUCAAAGUCGGAUGACAGUUUUCAAAAAGAUACCGACAAGUUUGAAGACCCGAAUCCUGUUCCUGCCUCCUCCAACGGCAUAAUCUUGACGAAAGCUUCUCUUUUCAAUUUCAAGCGUAAGCUGUUAAUCGCUCCUCAAGAUACUCUCGGACAUGCUGCUUUGACACUCAAGUACGCUAACAUCAUCAUACUUAUAGAGAAACUCGCCUCAGCACCACACUUAAUCAGUCUUGAUGCAAGAGAUGAUCUAUACAACAUGUUGCCUGCUAGUAUCAGACACUCACUGAGGUUGAGGUUGAAAGUAUUCGCGAAAUCAUUUACUUCUUCUGUUUACGAUACUGCUCUUGCAUCGGAAUGGAGUUUGGCACUCGGAAGGAUAUUAGAAUGGCUGUCUCCACUCGCUCAUAACACGAUAAGGUGGCAUUCUGAACGCAACUUUGAGAAACAACGACUGGUUUAUGGGGCCAACGUGCUUCUCGUCCAGACCCUCUACUUUGCAAACCAAACCAGAACUGAAGCAGCAGUCAUCGAGCUUCUCAUGGGUCUGAAUUACCUUUCAAGAUUCGGUAGAGAAGUUAGCGCGAAACCAUUGAUGGAGUCAUCUUGCGGUCGAGCUAGUAGUGAGUAUUUUCUACACAAGGAUAAUAACGCGAGCUCGUACCAAAUGUAUCACGAUUAAUACACUCAAGAUUUUGUAUAUUCUUUGUUCCUUCCUGCUGUUGUUUAAGGUUCCGUCUGAUAACCAAAGCUGUUCAUUCCUCAUGUUGACAUAAAACAUGUGCUCUUCUAUUGAUUUAUAUAUACUCCAAAGCUUUGUUGAGUAUUUGAAAAACUAAUGGAUGCUUUGUAAGUUCUCCAUAUCA